CUCUGGUGGUCUGGGAGAGCCCCCCCGCACCCCCUUCUCCAGGGUCACCGGGACCCUUUCAAGUGGCUUCAGGCGGUGGGAGAUGCUGGGACAAGUGCGGCUCUGGGGAAAAUCCAUCCCGGUUUCAGCAUCACGCCGUGCCGAAGUUUUCAGGCUGGGGGAAUAGUCCACACGUUGGCGGCGCUGGCUCCUGAACGCUGUCGGGAAGAGCAGGCAGGGAGAAACACCAGCCCCAGGUGCUGAGCCCAGGAGCAACUUUCCCUCGAGGUCUGGCUGUGCAUCACUGGCUCUAACAGCAGCCGGAGGGGCCCCCGCCGGCCGCAGGGAGCGUUCGCCAGGAGCCACCAUGAAGAUCGUGGUGGCCAAAGUGCUGUGUCUGAUGGGCAUUUGCAUCCUCAUGCUGGCUGGGUCCCUCCUCCCCAUCAAGAUCAUUGAGGCCGAUUACGAGAAAGCGCAUCGCUCCAAGAAGGUCCUUGCCCUCUGCAAUUCUUUUGGAGGAGGGGUCUUCCUGGCCACCUGCUUCAACGCCUUGCUGCCCGCUGUGAGGGAAAAGGUCGCUGAAGUUCUCAGGCAGGGGAACGUGACCACGGACUACCCGGUGGCCGAGACCAUCAUGAUGGUUGGCUUCUUUGUGACUGUCUUUGUGGAGCAGCUCAUCCUGACCUUCCAGAAGGAAAAACCCUCCUUCAUUGACUUGGAGACCUUCAACGCCGGUUCGGAUGUGGGGAGUGACUCUGAAUACGAGAGCCCCUUCAUCGCGUCCCCCCGGGGGCGCACGUUGCACAGCGACCACGGUCACCACUCCCACAGCUAUGGCCUCAGCAUCCAGGAGCUCUCCCGCUCCGGCCCCUUACGGCUCAUCGGGCUGGUGUUUGCUUUGUGUACACACUCCAUCUUCGAGGGACUGGCCCUGGGCUUGCAGGAGGAGGGCGACAAAGUCCUGAGCUUGUUCCUUGGAGUUGCCAUUCAUGAGACGCUGGUAGCGGUGGCUUUGGGCAUCAGCAUGGCCAAGACCUCGUUGCCGCUGAAGGACGCUGCGAAGAUGGCCGUGACCGUGAGCCUGAUGAUUCCUGUGGGCAUCAGCGUCGGGAUGGGGAUCCAGAGCACCCAAAAUGCAGCCAGCAGCAUUGCAUCCCUGCUCCUGCAAGGCUUCGCGGGGGGCACCUUCUUGUUCGUCACCUUCUUUGAAAUCCUUGCGAAGGAGUUGGAAGACAAGACCGACCGUCUCCUGAAGGUUCUCUUCCUGGUGCUGGGCUACACGGCUCUGGCUGGGCUGGUUUUCCUCAAGUGGUGAGCGUGGCAGCGAUGGGCAGCAAACCUCAGCUCCUUCCCUCGCAGCCGGCCGGCAGCGAGCUCCUCUGCAGCCAAGGGGGACCAUCACAGGCCAGAUGGUGUUUUCAUCUUGACCCAAAGAAGGAGAAUUUCUUCCUGUGUGCUCAGAGGGAAAUAGAAACGAGGAGUGUCCCAGCGUAGGUGUCAUAAGGUCUUGUCCCUGCCCCUUGGAUCUGUGGGCGCAGCAGCUUGUGUGGAGAUUAGUCGCCAGAAACAUUAAGAAUCUGGUUCUGAGGCCACCUCCGGAGAGCUCAAGCGGGUGGUUUCCUGCUAAUCUGCACAGGCAGCCCCCUCCCUCCGUCCCCCCACCCUCACUGCAGAAACUGUGGCUGCGAGUCUCCUCCCUUCUCUCCUGGGCUCCGAGAAGGUGAGAAACAGUCAGAGAAAUAAAGUCAGAAGCAGGUGGGCUGACGGAUUGCACAGCUGCACUAAGCUGCUUUUUCCGAGCUUAGUUUUGAGCAAAACCUGGCUGUAAUAGCUGCCAAAAAUAACAUCCCUUCUGAGGCUGCUCGGUGCGGCUGGUGCCACAGCUCCCCCCCCCGCGCAGAGCUUCCAUUUUAGCCCACGAGUGGCUCCGGGAGCUUUUGUCUCUCGGAGUGAUUAACAGAAGAAAUGAGGCCGGGCCGGGCUCCUCCCGCGCUCCGUUUUCCGCCCGCUGAGCCUUCCCCAGCGCAACGCUCCAGCCGCGUGGCCCUGUCCGAGGCCUUUCGCCACGCUCGCCCAGCCCGGGCUCCGUUAACUCCUGACACACAGGCAGCAGCGAUUUCCAGUGUUCGUAUUUUAGAGCAAGAGCUCGUGUUUGAGGGCUCUGCAGCCACGAGGGGGGUUUGCCCGUCGCCAUCAGGCGCUCGGCUCUCGCUGCCAGCGGCCGCGGGGGCCCUGCUGCUCGCCGAGGCUUUGCCGCGUGUUUUAUUGGUGUUUUCAAAGGGAAAAAAAAAAUCUCUACCCCGGGGGUUUAUGAGGUU